AGGGAGAGUGUGAAUGCAGGAAAUGAGGCUCAUAUGAGACAUGCUGCUGAAAGUGCCGUGUGUGUUUCAGGAUAAACUAUGCUGAGCUCGUGAAAACUUGACUUUUCCUGUUCGACCCACUUCACAAUUCAAAGUGAUGACGCUUGGAAAAUAGCCCUCAUCGCUUAAAAUCAAAAUUAACGAAAAAUGAGAACUAUCUUAGUAGGCUAUCUAUGGCUAAGUCUUGCCCUUCAUCGGGAUGCUUUAUCUUUGAAUGGAGUGAGGGCAGACAAAAUAGGGGAAGAAGGCAUCCCGGAAAAGGCGCCAGUCAAAAGAGUUAGACGGGGCUGGCUGUGGAAUCAGUUUUUCCUGCAAGAGGAGUAUACCGGCAGUGACUAUCAGUACAUUGGAAAGCUCCAGUCAGACCAAGACAGUGGAAAUGGCCUUGUCAGGUAUGUUCUCUCUGGUGAGGGGGCAGGCACCAUCUUUGUUAUUGACGAGACCAACGGCGACCUGCAUGCCACGCGCCGCCUGGAUCGGGAAGAGAAGGCGUUUUAUAUCCUCAGAGCGACAGUUGUCAAUAAAAUCACAGGCAAAACAUUAGAACCAGAGACGGAGUUCACUGUCAAACUCCAUGACAUCAAUGAUAAUGAGCCUCAAUUCAGCAAGGAAUUUUAUAAUGGCAGUGUACCUGAGCGGUCCGAUAUUGGUACGUCAGUCAUCUGUGUGACAGCUACAGAUGCAGAUGACAACAUGUAUGGGAACAGCGCUAAACUGGUGUACAGUAUCAAACAAGGACAGCCAUACUUUUCUGUUGACCCAAAAACAGGUGUGAUCAGGACUGCUUUGGGUCCAGGCGACAUGGACCGUGAGCAGAGGGAGCACUAUCAAGUAGUAAUCGAGGCUAAAGACAUGGCUGGACAUCGAGGAGGACUCACUGGGACCACAGUAGUGUACAUCACCCUCACUGAUGUUAACGACAACACACCACGCUUCACUCAUAGUAUAUACCAGUUCAGAAUUCCUGAGCUGUCUAUCCCUGGCACUGAAGUUGGGAGGAUUAAAGCUACAGACAGAGACGUUGGAACCAACGCAGAGAUGUACUUCACAAUUGUUAGUGGAGAUGCCCUGGACAUAUUUGACAUAUUCACCAAUAAAGAAACCCAGGAGGGUUUUAUAACUGUCAGCAAGAUUUUGGAUUAUGAGAACAAACAGUCCUACGUAGCAGAGAUCCAGGUCCAAAACACCCAGACAGACCCUCGCUUCACAUCCACAUACUCGAAAGACAUGGCCACUCUUCAAAUUGUCGUGGAGGACAUGGAUGAGCCACCAGUGUUUGACAAACACAGUUAUUUUAUAGAGAUUAAAGAAGAUGCUGCAGUGGGCGUGGUCAUGGGCUGGGUCAGUGCCAUGGACCCCGAUGAAGCUCACAGUCCGGUCAAGUACUCAGUUGACCGCCGGACAGACAUGGACCAUCUGUUCAAUGUCCAUCCAGAAAAUGGAACUUUAUUCCUCCUAAAAAAUCUGGAUAGAGAGGAGACUGCCUUGCAUAAUAUUUCAGUCAUCGCCACCGAGAUCUAUCACCCUCAGCAGAGUAGCCCUGUUUCAGUGUACAUCAAUCUACUGGAUGUGAAUGACAAUGCUCCAAUCUUUGCCACAUUGUAUGAAAGCUUUGUCUGUGAGAAGACCAAGUCGGGUCAGCGCAUACAAAUAAUAAGUGCUGUUGAUGCCGAUGAGCCAUUGAUGGGGCACAAGUUUUUCUUCAGUCUGGCGCCAGAGGAAACCAGCUACAGUAAUUUCUCUUUACAAGAUAACGGAGAUAACACUGCCAGCGUUGUGACACGUAGGGCCAGCUACAGUCGCCUGCAACAGAACAUCCACCUGGUUCCCAUCGUAAUCACUGAUGGUGAUUACCCAAUGCAGAGCAGCACAGAAACUUUAACUGUGCGGGUCUGCACUUGUGAUUUGGAAGGCAACAUAGAGCUGUGUAACUCUAAUGCUCAGAUAGGCUCUCCAGGGAUGAGCACCGGAGCCUUCAUCGUCAUCCUGCUGUGUGUCAUCAUACUACUAUUGAUAAUCGUUCUGUCCAUUAAAUUAACACGACAAAGAAAAAAGGAGCCUUUGAUUGUCUCCAAGGAACAUAUCCGUGACAAUGUGCUGAGCUACAAUGACGAGGGUGGAGGUGAAGAGGACACCCAGGCCUUUGACAUUGGAGCUCUGUAUGACCAAGAAGCCGCAGCUGUUAUGGAGAAAUUUGCUCAACAAAGGCGUGACAUCAUCCCCACAGACAUGCUGGGCUACCCAAUGCACUUUCAACAUGCACCUGAUGCCUUUGAUCCCGUGUUGCCGCCUGUCAGCUUGGCAUCAUAUGACAAGAGCAUAUGCAGAUUCAUCAAUGACAGAGUUGAAGAGAAUGACUAUCACCCUACUACACCGCCGUAUGAUUCACUGGCCACCUACGCUGAUGAGGGAGCAGGUUCAGUGGCCGAGUCGUUGAGUUCACUGGAUUCCGUAUCAUCUGAAGCUGAGGAUUACUACGACUACCUAAGUAAUUGGGGGCCCAGGUUCAAGAAACUAGCUGACAUGUAUAAAAGUGAGAAUAUUAUGUCCUCCUAACAACAUUUCUACAGUAUCACAUAUUUCUAUGAGACUCGAAUCUUAUAUUUCUUUCGAGCAAUGCAAUACGAUUUUUAAGCAAGCAUACAUAUUGCUUGUACAGUUACUUCUCCAUGUGAUGCUUGCUAAGUGUAAAUAUAUUCUUUGCAGAAAGGAUUUCAGAUGUUUCUCAUAUUUUGGGUUAAAAAAUAGAGGUUUGAUGACCAGUUUCGCUGAUGUGCCUCAUUAAAGGGAAAAAAAGGUUUUAGGUUCUGAUCAAGGAGCAAGGACCCAGGUGCAGAAUAGUUGACAAAAGUUUAAUUGAGCCAAAAAACAAAACACAAAGUCCCCAUAAGGGAAAAAAACACUCACGACAGUCUCAACUGGAAACAGGAGUUUGGACCCGGCUUAAGAAGCCGUAACAUUUAAUGUGAAAGAUAAAAAAA